GGGGUCUAUAAAAGCAGAACGUCUCUUCAGAGCGCCAACAGUGUUGCUUGAUACUUGGUACAGUGCGCCGCGUGUUUUCUACAAUCCUAAAACAAAAAAUGGUUGACUUCUACUACUUGCCCGGCUCCUCGCCCUGCCGCUCCGUCAUCAUGGUGGCCAAGGCUGUUGGCGUUGAGUUGAACAAGAAGCUGCUGAACCUGCAGGCCGGCGAGCAUCUGAAGCCCGAGUUCUUGAAGAUCAAUCCUCAGCACACUAUUCCCACGCUGGUGGACAAUGGCUUCGCACUGUGGGAGUCGCGCGCCAUUCUGGUCUACCUGGUGGAGAAGUACGGCAAGACCGACUCCCUGUACCCCAAGUGCCCCAAGAAGCGCGCCGUCAUCAACCAGAGGCUGUACUUCGACAUGGGCACGCUGUACCAGAGCUUUGCCAACUACUACUAUCCGCAGGUGUUCGCCAAGGCGCCUGCCGAUCCUGAGGCCUUCAAGAAGAUCGAGGCUGCCUUCGAUUUCCUGAACACCUUCCUCGAGGGUCAGACCUAUGCCGCUGGUGACUCACUCACCGUGGCCGACAUUGCCCUGGUGGCCAGCGUGUCCACCUUCGAGGUGGCUGGCUUUGAGAUCAGCAAGUACGCCAACGUGAACAAGUGGUACGAGAACCUAAAGAAGGUGUGUCCCGGCUGGGAUGAGAACUGGGCCGGCUGCCAGGAAUUCAAGAAGUACUUCGAAUAAGCUUAAUACAUUUGCGAGUAUUAUAUUUUAUAUAAUAAUUUAUUCAUACUUACUCACAAAACGAUUUGAAAUCGUUCAAUGUUGUGUGCAAAUUUGUAUCAAGCGAGAGUUUGGUGCAAAUUAAUUUUUUGCUUAAAAUAAAAGAGUAUUCAUUUUUACUGAGUACAAUUU